AUGGCCACGGGAGCUAAGCAGGCCCCCUGGAGGGCCAGAGAGUUCAAGGGCCUUGCGGCUACCCAUUCAGUACAGUCAGGCCCAGGCCCCAGGUCUCCGAGCUUUGCAGUCGAGGACCUGCUACUCCUGACACCCCAGCAGCUAGCAGCUUUCCAGGAUAUCUUCAAACUGUUCAGCUCCAGCCCGACAGGCGCUAUAGACAUGCGCAGCAUGAAAGCUGCCCUGCACAACGUGGGUAUCCAGCUGAGCCCACAGGAGAUGUGUGAGGCUCUGCGGCAGGCAGACUUGGAUGGUGAUGGAACUGUAAACUUCAAAGACUUCCUGGGUGUCCUCACCGACAGCCAUCGCCUUGCUCAGUGCUUGGGCCAGGUGAGGAACAGCCGGGUCUGUGACCCCCAGGGCCUGCAGACCUUGUUCUUAGAGAUACUGUUCAAGCUCAUGAGCCAGGGCUUCGUGCCCUCCAAGUCGGCGCAGGAGGUGAUGAGCUACUACUCCACGAAGCAGCGGGCUCUGCGGCUGAACUCAGGCUGGAACGGCCGCUCCCGCGGCCACGGCCGCACCGCGCGCGCUCACGCGGACCUCACCUUCUUCUGCCAGGCCACGCGCCUCAGCGGCCUCUCCAACGCCGAGCUGGCGCGCUCGCUGCUCAGCUUGCACAAAGCGGGGACGCACAGCCCCUACUCUCAGAUACCGAACCUGGCCCGGCGGAUGCGGCCAGAACGCAAGACGCGGAACUGUGCCCCGCGCCCCCUCGUCCGACUUCCCGAGUGCUACCAGCCCAGCCGCCCCAAGCUGGGGCCCAACCCGCGGCCGCCCAGCCAAGGCCCCCUCUGCCCUCCCGCAGGCUUCGUGGGCCAGCCACUAGAGUCUGUGGGACCCACGAAGCUGGCUCCCUCCCCCCCAACUCUAGUGCAGAAGCAGCCCUUCUCCCCUUCGCCAGCCUCUUUGCAGAGACCUGCUAUGAAGAACUUAUACAAGUAAAGCGUUUGCUGGACGAAACAGGCU